AUGGCCUCCGUCUACUGUAUCUACUCCACCCUCACUCUGCACGAUGAUAAUGAGACAAUGCCCUCAGGAAAGCAGCUGGUGUCCAUGUUGAACCUUUCUCCCUGGCUUGUUGCCAAGGCCCUGGCCAGUGUCAACACUGGGAACCUCCUCUGCAACGUGGUGGAGGUGAGCCGGCCCCAGGAGCUGGACUAUGAGGAGAAGAAAGUGGGAGCAAAGGAGGAAGAAUCUGAGGAGUCUGAUGAUGAUGUGGGCUCCGGUGUCUUUGACUAA